AUGGCUAAAGAUGACGACUCGACGCCACCUCCGCCACCUCCUCCUUCUUCACCCGAGUUCCAUCCGGCACUCACAAUGACUAACAUCAAGAAUUCGAUCCCCUUAACCCUUGAUUAUGAGAAAGUCCAAUAUUCAAAUUGGGUAGAAUUGUUCGAAAAUCAUGUCUGUGCUUAUGAUGUUCUUGAUCACAUAGACUCCAAUACACCUCGUCCUUCCAAUAUUUCUGACAUCUUGUGGAAUCGCCUUGACGCGAUUGUAAAACAAUGGAUCUACGGAACCAUAUCGAAGGAUCUUCUUGAAACAAUUCUAGGUAGGAAGUCUACUGCCAAAGAGACUUGGGAUCGACUCAAAGACAUCUUUCAAGAUAACAAGAGUACGAGGGUCGUUUAUCUUGAAACCCAGUUGAAUGCGGUUCACUUGGAUGGCUUCCAAAACGUCACCGCUUUCUGCCAACACCUCAAGAGCCUUGCUGACCAGCUUGCAAACGUUGACCAGCCAAUUUCGGAUCAAAAGUUGGUCCUCCGUCUUGUGGCCGGACUUAACAUAACGGACUUUGACACCGUAGCUACAAUGAUUGCACAAACAGAUUUGUUGCCUUCCUUCAACACUGCUUGA